UCCUCGGUGGACAGUCUCUGUCGCUCUCAGUCCUGCAAAUUGUAUCGUUUGUUUCUUUUAUUUUUAUUUUUUCCUGGAACAAAUUCCACAGUUAAAUCACAGGAUGCCUUCGCACGCAAAUCUUCAAGGCGGAAAAGCUUUUGGCUUGCUGAAGGAGCAACAAAGGCAAAAGCUGGAAGAAAUAAAUAAGGAAUAUAUGGAAGACCAGAAGUACAGGGAUGAAGAUGACCUGCCAGAGAAACUAGAGGGCUUCAAAAACAAAUAUGCUGAGUUCGACCUGAACGACGAGGGAGAGAUCGAACUGAUGGGUCUGAAGCGGAUGAUGGAGAAACUGGGCGCUCCCAAAACCCACUUGGAGUUGAAGAAAAUGAUCAUGGAGGUGACGGGCGGCAGCAGCAACACCAUUAACUACAGAGACUUUGUCAAAAUGAUGUUGGGCAAACGCUCCGCCGUGCUCAAACUAGUUUUGAUUUUUGAAGACAAAGCCAACAGCACCCCCUGCAAGCCAGAAGGGCCCCCUCCAAAGCGGGACAUUGCCAGCUUGCCUUAGGUGUGUGGAUGAGGCUGGAGACUGCACCCCACAGGGACCAGCCAUGCUCGCAUGGGACGACUUCUGACGUGUGUGUGUGGGAGCAGAGAUCAAGGGGGGGGGGGGGGGGGGGGGGGGGGGGGGGGUUGGUUGUGACAAUGUGAUGUAUGGAAGGGAUCUGUCAUUUGGGAGUCUGAGUCCACAACUCCCUAAAUACUGUUUUGACUGUGAAAAUUGUUCAUGUUUUUGCUUUUAAAUCAACUUUUGCAGUGAUGGUUGUUCAUGUAAUCUGGUAAAUAACCUUUUUUUUGUUGUUGUCACAAGCGGGUUGUGUUUAAAGGGAUAACUACAUUCUACCUGUGGCUUUUCUGUAUUGUGAUAGUAUUGCGGGUAAACAUGGGGCUAGCAGCUUUUUUUGGGGGGGGCAGAUUCUUUCACUGUGGGCGGUAUUCUGCCUUGGAUCCUGCCGGGUCGACGCUGGGGCAGCAUGUGGCUUCAGAUCAGCUGCCAGGAACAACAGGCCGUGGCCAUUUCCUGCAGACCUCUACUGCAGAUCUGGACACGGCAGCCAAGUUAUCUUAAGCUCAUAGACCCUCUCCAGAAAGGCGUUUUGAAACAUUCACCCAUUCUAGCUGCGAUAAGAGUAGGAUUGCGUUGCCUAUAGACCUUUGAGCUUCAGCUUGUCGCCUAAUCAGCAGUAGAUCUCUAGAUCUGUGAGGUCCUAUUCACUUUGGAAGGAGUGUGAUUUUUUUUUUUUUUAAAGGCACAAAUGUAAAUAGGCUUCACUACAAAACAAUCAUAUUCUUUCCAAGUGCCUCAACAUGCAGAUACUGUAGAUCUUAAAUGCAGUCUGGAGGAGGAUUAGCCUAGCAAAUACAGAAAAACCAUUUAAUCUUAAUCAUUCGUUUACUUAUGUUUACACCAGAAAUGUUUUUGUAUAUUUUUUUUCACCAUCUAAAAUGUAUAAAUAGUUUCUCAAUUUGUCCCCCUUUGAUUAUUUUUUUGUGUGUGUGUGCAGUUUCUCUUUAAAAUUCCUUUCCAAAGUAUUUAAAUCUGUAAAAAUCUUUUGAUCUACUCCAACACUCCACUGUUUGACCAAUCACUUUUUUUGUGUGUUCUUUAUGUAAAGUGUGCCUCUGUAUUUAUCUGAAAACAUCCAUGUAUCACAUAAAAUCCUGUGUUGUUGUACACAUUACUCUGUGGGUAACAAGUGUGUCCCAUAUUUUAGUGUUCCUAUUUUACUGUACACACACCAAAGGAAUUAAAGUUCUUCUCACAAAGCCA